AUGAUCAGUUCCAAUUUUUUGGAUAUUUACAAGAGGAAUAGAGUCGCUAUUCUGAGAGCUUCAACUGUGGUGCUUUUAUACUCGACUUUUAAAAAUAGUAUGGCCAACGACAAUUAUAAGAGAACAAGAAGUGAUAAACGUGAACGGAAGAGACGAAAAUCUAAUAUUGAAGAUCAGAAUCCUCAAGAAAUACAAUUAAUAGAUAUCGAAGAUGAAGAGAACAAUGAGGUGAGAAAUAGUACAUCAAAUGAAGAAAAUCAACGUCUGUCUAAUAAUUUUCUAUUUAGGCUGAUACUAAAGGAUAAGAAAUGCCUCCUUUUAUUUUUAGUUCAGUCAGUAUUACUGGUUUUAAGAACUGUUUUGACUCUGCAUGUUGCAACUUUGGAUGGUAAAUUAGUAUCUGCUUUAGUGAAGGCGAGAUACCUGGAUUUUUUAAAGAUAUUAUUGGGGCAAUGGAUGACUUUGGGUAUUCCAGCAAGUUUUAUCAAUGCUUCAAUUCAAUAUGUCACUAAAUUAUGCGCAAUAACAAUCAAUAAACAAUUAUCUAAUCAUUUACUGGAUAAAUAUUUAAAAAAUUACAAAGUAUUCUAUUCAGUGGUCACAAACUCGAAUGGACCCCCAGAACCAUUGAAUAAUAGUGAAGUGUCUGAUAAUCACAAUGUAGAUAACGAUAACGAUCAUAAGGAGGGAGUUAAAAAGGUAAGUCUCAAAACACCUGAAAUUCAAGAUCAUUUGACUCGUGAUAUCUACCAAUUUUCAACUAACUCAUCAAUGCUUCUAAAUCAACUUUUAAAGCCAACUUUAGAUUUAUUACUUUGUUCAUUCAAAUUAUUAACCGGUAAUACUACCAUGAUGGGUGAGAGCACACUAGUAUUGGGGUUAAUUGUAAAUUUUUCAAAUUCAUUCUUAAGAUUAAUACAACCUAAUUUUACACAAUUAACUAUGUUAAGAUCGUCAUUAGAAAGUUGGUUUAGAACUCUUCACUCGAAUAUACGCUCCAAUAAUGAAGAAAUCGCUAUUUUAAGAGGCCAGGAUAAAGAAUUAACUAACCUAGAUUAUUCUUUUUACCAAUUGGUUCUAUUUUUAAAUAGAGAAAUUAAAGAAAGAGCUUUAUAUGAUUUUGCAACUACAUUUGUAAUUAAAUAUACGUGGGGCGUAGCAGGUUUGAUUUUAUGCUCAAUACCUAUAUUUUUUGGAGAAAAAGAUUCUAAAGGUAAAAUGAUGAACAGAGAUGUUAUUGCAGAAUUUAUAACAAAUAGACGUCUACUAUUAACAGCAUCUGGUUCUGUUGGAAGAUUUGUUGAGUUGAAACGUAACGUACAGCAGCUUAGAGGCAUUUGGAUGAGAUUGAAUAGUUUCAAUAACUCAUUGGAAUACAACACAGCAAUUGACUCUAAAAUAGAUAAUGCACUUGAAGAUCAGUUAAUUUCAUAUGACAAUAGUAAAAUAGAAUUCAUUAACGUUCCUCUAAUCACACCAGCUGGCCAAGUUUUAGUCCCAGAAUUAAAUUUCAGGUUAGAGCACGGAAACCAUUUAUUGAUUAUUGGUCCAAAUGGAUGUGGUAAAUCGUCAUUAUUCCGUAUUUUAGGUGGUUUAUGGCCAGUAAGACAAACACUUGUUGAAGGACAUGAAACAAAAUUAAUCAUGCCAUCUAGAAACUCCGAAAACGAAUGCACUGUCUACUAUUUACCACAAAGGCCAUAUAUGGGCAAUAGAUCCACUUUUAGAGAACAGAUAAUCUAUCCAGAUUCUAUUGAACAAUUUGAAAAGAGAUUUCAAGGUAAUUACAUGAAAGGUGAUGAGUUUUUAAUGGAAAUAUUAAAGAUUUUAGAUCUUGAUGACUUGAUCAGUGAGAAUAUGUCACUUGUGUUAGCAAAACGAUCUAAGAUUGACUUUGUUAAUGAAACAAACAAUACGGUUGAGAUUAAAGAUAGUUUUGAUUUAAUAAGAAAUUGGUCGGAUGAGUUAUCAAUAGGUAUACAACAGCGUUUAGCAAUGGCCAGAAUGUAUUAUCAUAAACCUAAAUUUGCAGUUUUAGAUGAAUGUACAUCUGCAGUAUCCCCACUUAUGGAGCAGCGCAUGUACGAAAAUGCUCAAAGGUUUAAUAUUUCGCUGAUCUCUGUCUGUCAUAGAACAAGUUUAUGGCAUUUCCAUAACUAUUUGUUGAAAUUCGAUGGACUAGGUGGAUAUAAAUUUGGAGAAUUCAACCCAGUUGAGAGACUAUCGAAUGAAGAGAAACUCACUGAAUUAAAUGUAAUUUUAAACCAACAGACUCCAAUAUGGGAAAAAAGAUUACAAGAACUAACAGAAGCUAGAAAAUCUAACAUUAUCAGGAAAUCACAAACUGACUUAAAGGCAAUGGAAGAUUUACAAAAAGAUUUCAAUUAUAGACCAAGAAGUCCUGUCAAACUCCUGAUGAUGAAUGAAAAGGCCAGAAACUCUUCUACAUCAUUGCCUUCUAGUGGUCGUACAGCAUUAAAAAAUAAUAUAUCGAGUAAAAAGAAUUCAAAAUUGAGGAAAGAAUCUUUAAAAUCAACAGAAAAGCAGAAAAAGUAA